GCACCCCCACCAACCCCAAAAGUUCCAUUAAUAACACAACGUGAGUGUAUAGUAAAAGUGAGUUGAGAAUAACAUCCUGAAAAAGAAAUAACUUGUUAGGAUGACAAAGUCGGCGUAAAAGUGACGUGACAUUUGCGUGUGAUGUGGGCAACAUUUUAGCAACAGGUGUUGAAAUUGAUCACGAUGAAAUACAUUCACCAAUUUGUUCAGUCAAUCACAAUCUUCGUUUUAGUGGUCAAUAAUAAAGCAUCAGGUGAGCCGCAGUUCGCGGAAUUGAUCCGCAACGUCACCGUGACGCUGGGCCGUGAGGUUGUCUUAUCUUGCGUCGUCGAUAACUUGGCGGAAUACAAAGUAGGCUGGCUGAGGGCUGAAGAUGAAACGAUUUUGAGUCUCCACCGUCGUGUCGUGACUCACAACCCACGCGUUGCUGUGACGACACGCGUCUCUGUCGGCUCAUCCCACCAAUCACGAACGUGGAACGUCUUGCACAUUCGGAAAGUCAAGGAAUCUGAUGAAGGAUGCUACGUGUGUCAGAUCAAUACCUUCGUGAUGAUGAAACAAGUGGGUUGCAUCCAAGUUCAGGUGCCUCCAAACAUCGUUGAUGAGAGUACGGGCGACGUAUCGGUCAAUGAAUUUGAUAACGUGACACUGGUAUGCAAGGCCACGGGAAAACCCUCUCCCAGGAUCGUCUGGCGUCGUGAGGAUGGACAUAAUAUGAGCCCUAUCAACCCCCAAUGGAAUGCAACUAGUUUCAUCUCUAGUUAUUGGCAUCGCGGGAGAGUUAAUAAAGUGGACGAUGAAAGAGGAGAGAAACUGCGACUUUACGGAGUGACCCGCCGAAUGAUGGACAUUUAUUUGUGCAUUGCAUCCAACGACGUUCCACCAAUCGUCAGCAAACGGGUCGUCCUAAAUGUCAAUUUUGCCCCACUAGUGACGACCACAACCAAUAAAAUUGCGGACGGAGUGCUGGGCAUCGAAAUCCGUCUGACUUGCCAAAUAGAGUCCCAUCCGCCCAGUCUCAAUCAAUGGAUGAAACGGGACCGCAAUAAUUCAAUCACGGCUAUCUUACCCAGCACGAAAUACAGUGUUAAAGAUGUCAGACUAAAUAGUCCCAGCAACUACAAGACAAACACUACGCUGACGAUCCACGACAUCCAACCGGAAGAUAUCAGGAAUUCCUACAUUUGCGUUGCCGUUAAUUUCCUGGGUCAAGCGGAAGCCUCGAUUGCAUUCUAUGGAAAUAUAGAAGAAACAACAAUAAUCCAAACGCCGGAUGUUAUCCACCCAACUGUCAGCAUCCCACAUUCUAGCAGCAAUAUGAUCAACAAAGAUGAAGGUGUCUUUCGGGCUGGUAAUGAGUCGAUUUUAAAUGGACAUAGCAAGAGCAGCAUCCAUAACGCCAAUAAAAAGAAACAUAAGCAUCACCACAAAGAAUCUCAUAUAGAGGACAGUUCACGGCCACUUGACCAGCAACUUAAACAAGAGACGAUACCAAAGUCUACUGGGUUUAAAAUCGACACUAAUCAGCAAAUAUUUUCAAGUGCAAGUGCUGUCGGUUCAAUUCCUGUUUUAUCUUUUUUAAUAAUUAUUUUAACUUAUUCGAUUCAUUUUACGUGUUUAUAUGCUCUGUAGAGAGAAUUUAACAUGUAUAAAUUGGCUCGACAACUCAA